AUGGGUUGCACCAAGAUCGGCCACCAGCACGAAUGGCCAACCUCAGGCAAGCUGGUCAUUGAACGAUGCGAGGAUCGGUGCAACUUUUGCACUGGAGAGGACAAGCAGAAGAAGUGGAAGUUUGCGUGGUUUCUCCGCCGGCAUGUACGCUCCGUUCAUAUCAAGAAUGGCCCUUACUCCAAUCUGACUGUCUCUGACGCUUGGGACGAGGACGAGUCUGGAGGCAAAGGCCGCUCGCGCAAGGGUGCUAAGGGCAAGCGCCGCGUCAAGAAGGAGGAGGAUGAUGAUUCCGACACGUCCGAUGGUCUUCCGUACCAGAAGCCACUUCCUGGCCUGGAUACCACCCAUCUCAUGACGAUGAACGACUUCAUUCAAGACCCUACCUUCGGUCAGGGCGUUCUGCUUGGCAACGAAAUCAUCGAGCGUGAACAGUUGCCUGCCAAUAUUCAGUCUGACGACAUCGAUGCUGUCAUCGAUCGUCUUGGUCGCAAUGCAGCUCGCACAUACCACCAAGCUGUGCAUGGUACAGAAGAACUCCGUCCCGAAGACAUCCCAGUUGAGUCGAUUGAGCAAGACGACCAGAUUGGCGCCAACACCGACAACCUCGAGGCUGCCGCAUGGCAGUUCAAUGUGGCAUACAAUCCAUCACCAUCUGCAGAGCCUGCUCAUGCCGACGCCUUCCCGAACGCCUAUGAGGGCAACGACAUCCUUGAGCAAACCGCCGGUGAUUUCGAAAACAUCAUGCAGGGCGAUUAUCUUCCAAUGCCAACAAUGCCAACAGAUCUCGACGAGUCUCUCCAAGUCAACGCUCCAGAGAUCGAGCAAGAAGAUGCAAACUACUUGCCAAGUGACUCGAGCUUCUUCGAGGAUGAGUGGUUCGGCUACGAAGCUGCAGCCUCCUUCGACCCAUUCUUCUUUUCUGACAGUCCAUCCCCACCCUCUUCAGUCUUCGAUGAGCUGCCAUUGUCGCUGACCUACACCACUACUCCGCCGAGUCCAACUCAAGCGUCAGUCGAUGCCUUGGGCGCUUUCACGGCUGUUCACGAGGAGGUUCGCAUCAAGGGUGGUGUCGGUAAGGAUGAUAUGACCACUGCAUUCGAGAUGUUCCAGUCGGCCAUCGGAGAGUCACCAGACGACAUCGACUUGGCAUUCGAGCAGCACGACUCUACGACCGGACUCUGGCAAUCCAACCCAGUCAUUCUUGACUAA